AUGGCUACCGCUGCAGUACUAAGUCUCUUGGACGAACAUACCCGACAGGUAGCUUUUGACAGCAGCCUGGCGAAAGUAAAAGCUGCACCUGGAAUCGACGUCGGCGCACUCGAUAUCUGCGUGCGACUCUUGCCCAGCCAAAUCGCCAAUGGAGAGAUUGGAAGUACGCCGCAGCAUGAAGAACUAUGGAAUACCGUGUUGGGUCGUCUAGCCGAUCAAAGGUCACCGGAGAGCCUCUACGAGAUUGCUGAGAUAUGCUACACCCACGGCUCGCAUGCCGCAUCUCUUCUCAACACCAAGCUCAACCAAAGCCUUUCUACCUUAGCCACGAAUCUAUCUUCUGGACAAGAAAAUGUGGAAAGCAUCGAAACUGCAAGAGCCUAUCUCGAAUUCCUGAAAUGCUCCUUUUGGGUACCAGCCGCGUCUUCGUACAUGGUCGACUCGCAAUCUCUCACUCUCCUUUCGAGCUUCGUCGGCAUCGAAGGGAUAGAUGAUAUUGCACAUGAUACGCUCUCCGCUUUCUUUUCAUUACUGAAAAGCAAGAGAGAGAGCUCACCCACCAAUCUCGAUGCAGUCGUUGAUCAAUCAAUAUGGAACCGACUCAAUGCACUCGACAUUGCAAGAUUUGCUGCUCGGUCUAGCAAGAUAUACAGGACCUGGUUCCAAUGGAUAUCGCUCGCCGCUUCCGCUGGGAUCAAAUUCACAUGUGUGAGCAACGAAGAAUACUGGAGAAAGCUUAGACUUGGUCUUGUGAAAGGCCAUGCAGAUCAACGCAAGUACUGCCUCGGUAUCAUCCGCCAGUCUUUUCUCGCUACUUCUGACCACAUCGAUACACCUACGAUGCGAUACGAUGCCAGUGGCAAAGACCGGGAGCAGUACGAUCUAUAUACGACCCUAUUCGAGACCAUCGUGCUUCAUCGGUAUUCUGGCCAGGUCGAGGACUGCCUGAAAUCCAUGACGACGCUUCUUGGCUCUUCUUCAGCAACCAGUCCUUCCAGAAUUACUCCCGCGAUGACGACAACUCUACUCACCGCAGCCCUGAACCCGCUGAUACAGGAGAGCGUUAGGAAGAUGAUCGGCCGCUGGUAUAUGGACUUUGUUAUUGAACGCCGGAGUGACUUGAGCGGCCACAUAAACUUCCUAUUCGAGGGAUUUCUGCCUUGGGCAACGGAUGGUAGUCUCUUCACAUCGACUCUUACUGCCACACGAUCAUCGACAACGUGCGCUCACGGAAACGCACUCGCUGCAGUCGUCUCUCGCUUUGUAUCCGAUACAGAAGAAAGCCCAUUAUUUAUCCCUUCGGUCAAUUUUGCCGUCUCCGAAGUUGGAGUGGACAACCGAAAUGGCCGUGCAAUCGUGCUUGGUAUCGUUCGUUACGUUCUGAACGCCGGUGGGAGGAUGUUCCAACCAGCAAUACUGUACCUGAUGCAUGGCCUCGUUAAAGGCCUGGAGACGCGAUACGCGCGAGGUCCACCGCAUCACAAGCUGGAGAUGUCGGAGAUUACCGAGAUCCUCAGCUUGUCACGCUUGCCUGGGUUGCCUGAGGUAGCAAGCGACUUACACAGCGUUCACUGUCGAAGGCUCUGCGAUCUUCUUGAUCCUGAUCUACAGUCGAAAGGCGUACCAACUAGCGAAGUCCUGCGAGCCAAAUGCCAAAAACUGGAAGAUCCAGUGGAUCAUUCUGCGCUUCAAUCGACUUUUGGCACCAGAGAUGGCGGGCUACCCACUCUUCGGUCUUUCAUCAACGACCUCCGCGAAUCGAAACAUAGAUGCAUACAAGGCUCAUCCUUCGCGCCCGCUUGCAAGAGCGUGAUAGAGCUCCUAGAUCGUACUGAACCAGCCGAUAUCGACCCUGACGACUUGCACACCGUGUUGGCAGCGUUGUGGGAAGAGGCUGAGAUUCGCGACUUCAUCAGACCAUUUGCUAUGCAACUACCUUCCCUACUAUUCCAUCCGAAAUGCAUAUAUGUCAGUGUUGAGGAGGGUUUGAAUCACUUUCCUAAUUGGUGCGACAUUAAUACUCUGCUCUCGGUAGCCAUGAAACGACUUAUGAAGCUAUCCAAGGGACGGUCCUACAUUCUUGCAGUACUUGCUCGAUCGCUACGCAAAGCUGUGUUUGCACACCCAUAUGCAAUCAAAUCAUCGCGGGGAGGCCUCCCCUUCGAUGACUACAUUCUCGAUUUCAUCAACAAUCCAGCAUCCAUCGGAACGGAGUUUUUGUUUGAGGUUGUCGCUGCCGACAAGCUUCAGCAAUACCUGCCGCAUCGAACAUAUGCAUCGUACUACGGUAUGCGAGAAUGGCAUGCAUACUCAGCUGUCAUAGAUAUCCUACAUCGUAUACCGAAUGACCCAUAUGUCUCAUCUCCAGAGACUGCUCGGAAUAUACUGGAUGAGUUGGAACUUCCCUGGGGGUAUCAGAAACCACCAGUCGCAGUCAAAUGUCCAUGGAAGAACACUUUUCAACUGCAGGCAAUGCUAGUGAUGAGUCACUACUGUGCGGAUGACAUAAAUGUGGAGAGUCAUCUCGACUAUUUCACUCGUGCCUUAGUGGUAGAAUCAUGGCCACGAUACCGCUACCUGCUCGAAUGGGCCAUAGCUCGCAUUUAUCGUCGGUUCCCGGAAUUUACUCAGCGCAUCUUGAUAGAGCUAGGAAAUCUGGAAGAGUAUAGCCCGAUUCAUAUCGCCAGUCUGAUGAAAAUUGGUCUUCUAGUCGCGCCAUACGAAACCCAAGACUUUGCAGUAGAGUUCAUCACACACCUGAACUCCUACUCUGCCAGCCCCAAAGUGCAGAUCCGCCACGAAGCAAACUUUGCUUUUCCCAUCGUGUUUGACAUAGCUGUUGAGAAGGGCUGGGGGAGGAUUACCGGGAAUCCCGCUUUCAAAGGCAUGAACGCUUUCAUCCGCCGGCUGGACAAGUUCAACGCUUCUCCCUGGACAAUAAGAACUCUGAAGGUCGAUAUCGAACAGGACUUUACCCUUACAGGCAUCUUUCAAGGCCGAUACCUGUCGAUCGAGACACCGGAACCAGAGCUCGUCACGCAUGAAGACUUCGAGGCUCUCGAGCGUGAUGAUCAGUCUGAUGGUUUCAACCCACCACCUGCACGCAUAGCACUUGGGAACAAGAUCAAACCCAGCUUUGACGUCGUUGUACCAGCUAAAACUACCUCGGUACCCACCACCACAGAGCCGACCGGCCAAAUCACCCUCCAAACCAAAGCCGGUAUUGACCUCGACAACCUUCACCCACCCGGCGGUCCACCCAGCAUGCAAAAUGCCCGUCCCGCAUCCGUCAUGCUCGUUGCCUCUCUCAUCGACAAUCCCACCAACCUCGGUGGUCUCUCCCGCAUAUCCGAAUCUUUCGGUCUCGAAGCCCUUUACAUCGACGAUCUCAAGAAGGUCGCGCACAAGGAUUUUAAGGCUACCAGUGUAAGAUCAGAGAAACAUCUUGCUAUCAAUGAGUUGAAGGAAGUUGGCGUACCGGCGUUCUUACUCGAUGCCAAGAGUAAAGGGUAUGAGGUUGUGGGCAUUGAGCAGACGGAUCGCAGCGGCAUAUUGGGGAGUGAGGAUGGCAAGAAUGAUGUUGUGGAUGAAGGGACGAUUAAGAAGGAGGCCAGAAGCCAAGACAUCGGCACUUUGCCGAAGAAGUGCUGUCUUGUGCUAGGUAGUGAGAAGGAAGGUAUUUCCGCGGAGGUGCUGGCUGUCAUCGAUCGCAACGUCGAGAUCAAGACUGUGGGAGUUACCAGGAGUUUGAACGUUCAAACCGCAGGUGGCAUCGCACUCUACGAGUGGUGGAGAGAAUGGGGCAACAGCAAGGCCUAA